AUGUCUCUGGAGUCUGGAGUGACCUGGGUCGUGUUCCACGUUCACAAACUUGGAGACAUCGACGUCUCCGAAUCCGGGAUACGUGUAGCUGCAGCUGGUGAAAAUUGCAGAACGGUGCCGUACGAGAGCCACGUGGUGUGUGAUAUGACCGAGAUUAUGACGUCAACGUUUCCGUCAUCGAAUCCUCGGUGGCACCGCUGCCAGCCGCGACAGCUGAUCGACCAUCGACCAAGUGGAAUUCCAGUGGAGGACGUGCACCGUCUGGAUUGCGUCACCGAGCAUAAUCAGAAGGUAGACAAGGGACGAGCGAAACUUCGAAGAAUGACCAUCGACGAGAAAAAUUCAUACGGAAAAAUCGAAGAAACGGAAGCUAGCGAGGCUUGUUGCACGAACAGUGGUAUACACUAACGAUGGACACCAGUGGAUCAAGAACAGAUGCGCCAGCACGAGUUCUCAGACGUUCGCAGAGCAUGAA